GGAUCUGCGGAAUUUUAAGGAAAGUUAAGAUCUGGGUUGAAUGGCGGUGGAUUGCGAUUAUCAUCACGAUGAAAUCACCAAUCAACACAGAUCGGGUGAUAUCAAUUUACAGAGAUACGGGAUAGCGGAGGAUUAUUAUUGGAAUGAGAAUAUGGAAAAUUGGAAACGGUAUAACAAGAUGAGAAGAAUACAAAAGGCGAGUCCAGAAAGAAGGAGGGAGAACAGAAAAGGGAAUGGGGGAUGGACUGAUGGUGCGAAACAUGAGGAGCGAGCUCGUAGUUACAAGGGCGUGGUCAUUAACAGUAAUACGGGCCAACAGAACAGAGAAAGAGACAGUAGAGAGUAUUAUGGGAAGGGUAAGGGUAAAAUGGUGGAGGCAUCAGACUCUAAGUGGGUUAAGGUUCCAGAGCGAGGCACCAGGAGACCUCCUAAUCAAUAUGGAAACUACAGAGGUAAUGGGGAGGGCUCACGGGUUAAAAUACACGUGAGAAGACGUUACAGUUGUGGACUCUGGAGCUCAAGUGGUGUCUACCAGGUCAUAUGCAGCGCAACCAAGAGAGGAUCAGGGUCAGCAAGUUGCACCUCAGGUAACCCGUGAAGAGGGCGAGAUCACGAGGAACGGAGAUGCUGAUGCAACACUACCGUCUGCAGAGUUUCAAAUGGAACUAGCUAAGACGCAGGCGGAAGGGUCGGAGGUGAUCGUGGAGGCUACUGAGGAGGAGAGGGGUCUACUUACAGUGCAAGGAAUGAUGGAGAAACAAUAUGAUACCUUUGAAGAUAUUGAUAUAGAACUAGAUGCUAUUAAUGCGGCUAUGAUGGAGAGUGGCGUCGACUUGGAGAGAGAGGAAGAGUUUCAAACUCUUUCAGAAGAGGAGCUUGAGCAAGCUUCUGAAGCUCAGGCAGAGUAUGCUCACACGCAGGAAGAGGAACAACUGGUGACUGGAGAUUCAAACAUCAACAAGGAAUUGGGACAGGGGAUUUGGCGACGAGGAAAAGUCACCGUAAGAGGUUAUUCAAGCCCACCAGCAGCACUGCGGGAAGUACUAAGAUGAGAAUGGCGUCUGCGCUUGUCUCACCACGAAGGAAAGUUGCAGCUAAGGUUGGGGCUCGUCAUGGAGACAAUACCAAACCACCGGAGAACAAGGGACCUUCAAUUCCGAAGCCGGUUAACUUAAAAUUCUAAGGUUACGGAUCAAACCUCAUUUACAAUGAGAUUACGAAUGAAGGAUUUGGUUUAUGGGGGUGGCGCUUUCAUUAUUUCAAUAAAUUUACUUUUCUUUGAAGGUUUGGUUGGGUUAAUGGGUCUGGGGGCAGUAAUCAUUGUUAUGUUUCUCUCGCUUUUUGUUAAGAAUUGGAAUAAGAUUGGUCUUUUGAGUUCA